AGCGGUCUAGCUCCCUGAAGGGUAUUGAGGCACCCUGGGCUCGCGCCCCGCCCCUGUCCCUUUUUCCACGCCCACUUCAGUUUUGACACGCCCGGGGCCUCCUGCCCACUCUCCUAGUUGCAUUUGCUUGUGCAAGUUUGUAGACUGAGGAGAUGCGGCGUGUAGUGAAGGCCGCCGCGUUGGCUGCGGGCGCUACAGGGCUUUUCUCCAGAGUCCAAACUCCAGUUGCAACAGGGAGAUGUUUUUCCACGCCUCAGUCCCAGCAUCAAGCACCCAGUCCUGUGUGGAAGCUGGGCCGACUCAAUCAUGUGGCCAUAGCAGUGCCCGAUUUAGAAAAGGCCUCGUCAUUUUACAGGGAUGUUCUAGGGGCCCAGGUGAGUGAGGCAGUCCCUCUUCCGGAACAUGGAGUAUCUGUGGUUUUUGUCAACCUGGGAAAUACCAAGAUGGAACUGCUUCAUCCACUGGGGAGUGAUAGUCCAAUCACAGGCUUUCUGCAGAAGAACAAGGCUGGAGGAAUGCAUCACGUCUGCAUUGAGGUGGACAACAUAAAUGCAGCUGUGAUGGAUCUGAAGAAAAAGAAGAUCCGUAGUCUGAGUGAUGAGGCCAGAAUAGGAGCACAUGGGAAACCUGUGAUUUUCCUCCAUCCCAAAGACUGUGGUGGGGUCCUUGUAGAACUGGAGCAAGCAUGAUGUAUAAUUGUGAGAAACUUAAUUAAUUGACCGGAGCAACCCUUAUCAAUAUUAUCAGAUGUAUUAUGCUACUGCUUCCACUACUUUAAAACUUUAAUUGCAGAAAGAUUAAAAUAUAUACACAUGUAUAUA